AUGGAGAGCCUCAAGGUGCUCUACACAGUACUGGAGGUGCUGAUCGCUGUGGCAUGUUGCCUUGGUAACCUGAUGGUGAUCUGGGCAGUGUGUACGUGUGGUGCCAUGCGUCGGCAGCCCACCUUCUGCUUCAUCGUCUCUCUGGCCGUAGCCGACUUCCUGGUGGGGGCAGUACAAAUACCGGUGGCGGUUCUGAUAGACGACCGGGUCAAAACCUCAUUCAACAGCUGCCUGUUCCUCAGUUGUGUGUUUAUGGUUCUGACUCAAGCUUCUGUCCAUUCCUUGUUGGCUAUCACCCUGGACCGGUUCCUGCGUGUCUACAUCCCACUGAGGUAUAAGAGCACUGUGACACAGAUUCGCUCCUGGUCUGUAGUGGGAGCCUGCUGGGUCUCUGCAAGUAUUUUAGGCUUCGUUCCCAUGUUUGGAUGGUAUCGCCAAGACACUCUAGCACAGAUGGAGGAUUCUAACUCCACAACCAUCACUUGUACGUUUCUGGCAGUGAUGCCAAUGUCCUAUCUGGUCAACUUCACAUUCCUCACCUGCAUACUGCCACCCAUGCUACUGAUGCUGGUGUUGUACCUCUGCAUCUUCAUGAGGAUCCACCAGCAGCUGAGAGGAGGUGGGGUGAGUGGCAGUGGGUCUCAUUCCUACUACCAUAAGGAGUGGAGUCUGGCUCGAUCCCUACUUCUUAUCCUGGUGCUGUUUGCGGUCUGCUUGCUACCUCUGCGCUUCAUGAACGUUGCCUCUUUGUAUGGGCCGCCAUUAACAGUUCCCCAUCAAGCUUACUAUGUUGGCAUUCUGCUCCUUCAUGCACACUCAGCUGUUAACCCUGUUGUGUAUGCACUGAAGAUCCACAGCAUUAAAUCUGCUUUCAAGACGAUGUGGGGAAGGUACAUGCUUUGCAAAGAGGACCAAGAGACUACAAGGAGCAGCCAGACCACAGGAAAUAUCAACUACAUCACCACCAACAGAAAUGAGCCAAAUAUCUCCAUCAACAUCUCCAAAUAACUCCAUCUUAGUGAAACAAAAAGACAUCACAUAUCAUUGUGAAAAAUAUAGUGUGAAAUUAAUUUAUUAAGUUAAUACUUCAGAUACCAUUUGGCAC